CACACUUGACAUUCAAGUUAUUUAGCCAGUAGUAGCUAGUGUUGACAAAAUGUCGAGAAAAUUGGAGUAUUUUAAUGUUAACGGACUCGCGGAGUCUAUAAGAUAUAUUUUGCAUUAUGGUGGAUUGAAAUUCGAAGAUAUAAGACACGAUUAUGGUAGUUGGCCGAUCACGGAAAUUAAAGAUACCCUUCCAUAUGGCCAACUUCCAAUAUACGAAGAAGGCGGCCGCAGACUGAACCAGUCCAUAGCAAUCGCCCGCUACAUCGCCAGCCAGACCAACUUGCUGCCCUCCGACCCCUGGGAACAGGCUGUGCUGGACGCCGUGGCCUUCAAUGUUAUAGACUUUUUACAAAAGAUAAUCACAUUUAGACGAGAGGCAGAUCCAGUCAAAAAAGAGCAGUUGAAAAAGCAGUUUCUUUCAGAAACAGUUGACUACUACUUAUCAAGGUUUGAGAAAGAACUCAAAGCCAACAAUGGAUACUUUGGUGGAAAGUUGUCUUGGGUUGACUUCUACGUUAUGGGAAUCAUCGAGGCUAUCAAUCAAUUUACCGAAGAGCAAAUUGAGAAGAAUUAUCCCACAAUCGUCGCUCUCUUCCAGAAGAUUCGAUCGCUGCCCGGAGUCAAGGAAUACAUUGCUAGCAGGAAAUGAUUGCCUUUAUAAUUUGUUUAAAACAACUAUAACCCAUCUAAGAGACCUCACGUACUCUAAUUUUACAGGCAAAAUAUUGCAACUACUAAUAAUUUUUAAAUCUUAUUAAUAC